UAUCCGGAACGAAGCGAAGACAAUAAACGCCAUUCUCCGCGUUUGAAAAAGCACCGCAGCUGUUUAGCUCUCCGCCCACUGUUCUUUCUUUCGGCUGCCGCCCUCUUCUCGCAGUUACGCAACUCUCGUCGGGCUCAUCCUGCAAAUCAGUCUUCAAACCUCCAAAAAUGCUCUGCUCAAUCCCCACAUCAAGAUCCACCCUCAGCUGGCUUGAUCGCCUCUACACCUCCAAGGGUUUCACCGUCCCCGCCGACCUCGAUCUCGAUCACUUUCUCUACUCGAACUCUAAACCUAAGCCCACUCCUUCGAAUCCAGAGGCCGUUGAUCCCCCUCUCAGCGGGAUGAAGCUGCAGUCCCGAAAGAGGGUCUUCUUAGAGAAGGAGCAGUGCCUAUUUUCUCUGAUGAGCAACGUUCUCUCCGAGCUCUUCGUUAUGGGAGACACCCGCAACUCAAUUGCAAACCUGAAAGGGGCGCGGAAGCAGCUGAAUCCUAGGGCGUGCGUCUCUUCAGCUUCCGCCAGUGCGGAUGGCGGGGCUUCGGCGAUGUCACCUUCCAGCGCCGACAAUAGCAUCGCCGAAGCGAAGAGGGGUCCGAAGAAGAUGAAGAGGAUGCGGGCGAACCCAGGGCAUGCAGCGGGUUGGGAUCCAUCGGUUUCUACUGGCACGGUUGUGACGGUGAUUGAUACCAGCUCGCCGGGGUGGAAGACGGAAAAAAAUUUCAGAAAGGGGAUGGUGUGGAAAGGAAGGGAGAAGAAAAUGUGGAAUGUGAGCAGGAAGAAGAGAAAAUUGGGUUUGGUAGAAAAGUUUGUUGAAGAGAAGGAGAGGACCGUGAGGCUGCGGCCUCUGGCCGUGUUGAAAGGGCAGGAGCUGAACGAGAAUGCUAAGUUGCAGAAUGAAGCAUUUACUGGAAAUAUCAAUGGGGAGAGUGCCAAAGAAUCUGAUCAACAUAUUCAAAUUCAUAGAAGGACGAAGUUUCUAAGAUCUCCCAGGUUACCAGUCAAAGACCCAUCACUUUUUUGCCUGGAAGUUAUCACUAAAAGCCAUAAACCUUGUUUAUCAGCCCUCAGAGGCACUCCUAAAGGUAAUACAUUAUCAAAUUAAAUGUUUUUGGGAGUUUAAACCUUCCAACUACAAAUUGGGAGUGUUUUGAGUUGUAAAUUUUUCCUGCUUUAAGUAGAAGAAGCUCUAAAACAUUAUUCAAGGCGAUAAAAGAUUCAUUCGCAAAGUGUUCACAGAUUAAAAUGUACGAACUUGUUCAUGAAGGUCGUCGGAGAACCCUCGUUAUUAUUAAUGUAUCUUCAUUCAUUGCA